AUGUCUGGUGGUCCCAUCUCCUGCUUCUCCAAACAGGGAAUGCUACUUCUCCUACUCUCCAACCUCCACUAUGUUGUGGGUGUUCCUCUGAUCAUCAACAAGAGAGUGGGGGACUCUGUGGAGCUGCUGGCAGGCUUAGAGAGGGAACAUUUCCAAUCCUUGGUGUGGAAGUAUAUGGGAAAGGAUAUUGUAGAAUUCAACUCAGAAGUUGUAUAUUCACCUGGAUCCCAGUUUGAGGGGAGACUAAAGAUGAACAUCAAAAACUUCUGUUUAACAGUCAGAGAACUGACACUGCAAGACUCAGGGGAUUUUCUACUUACAGGUGAAGGGGACAAAGGUCAGAUUGACAGUAAGACCAUCACUCUGAAGGUCCACGAGCCUAUAUCCAAGGUGGCGAUCCAGACAGACAUCAAGCUAUUGGCCAACCACUCCUGUACGGUACGGCUGGUGUGCAACGUGUCCUGCUACCCCAACCUUACCUACACCUGGGAGAGAGACAAUGAGAUCUACGGGGACGCCCAGCAGAUUCACUUCUCUCUCUCACCAGCAGAGAGAAACAUCAGUGUAAAGUGCAACGCCUCCAACCUGGUCAGUUGGAAAACUGCCUCUGCAACAGUAAAGUGUAGAAAUGACACAACCACACCAGAAUAUGUGACAGGACUGGCGUGGUAUACCAUCUACAUCGGGGUAUCAGUGGGAGGUGCUGUGGUGCUGAUCCUCACUGUAGCUGUGGCAGUGUGCUACUGCAGGGACCGAAGUAACACAAUAUAUGCUGAUAUUAUGGACAACACAAUAAUUAAAGAUACAAGAUCAAACAGUCAGGUAAACCCAAUAUCCAUCUAUGAGACUGUCAAUGAUCUGGUUAUCCCAAGAUUGAACAAGCCGCAGACUCUGUAUGACAAGAUCGCAUUUGGACGCCCAGAAGGCCCCCCUUGUCCCUACCAGAAAGUACUGUGAGCUGAACAGGAUGUGGUCAUAUGCUGGGCAUUCCAUAGAUAUGUAACUCUCUGCAUCCUCUGCAUCUUACAUGUGUCUUUUCUGUAGAUAUGCCGAAUGUUCCUGUUCAAUAUCAUCACAACCUACACUAUUUGCCUUUGAUGAUUCUCAUAUAUACGGUAUAUCAUAAGGCCUUAUAUCUUUCUUUGAGGGCCUAGUUACAAUUAGAAGAUUCGGAAAUGUGUAAUAAGCAGUAGAAGGCGUGGUGAUCAG